AUGCUCCCAAACAACACCAGCAACAAGGUUAAACUUAUAGUAGAGGAAUCACGCCCCCUGGAAGUCGCUUCAAGUGACAAAAACGUCAACAUUAAAUGCAGAGUUUGCAAAAAUGAAUUUCCAAACGAAGUGCAGUUCGAUGAACAUCUCAAAGGGAAUCCGAACUGCGAAAAGUUUACUUGUGACGUGUGUCGGAAACAAUAUACUUCGAACUCCCAUUUGAAUAUUCACAAGUUAAUACAUUCGAAUGAAAAAAAAUUAAAAUGCGACGAAUGUGAUUAUUCUACCAUAUACACAUCACAUUUGAAGAGACACAAGAAUAAACACUCAAAAAGAGAACUUUUUAAAUGUAGCUAUUGUAAUUAUUCAACCGUAUGGAAAGACUGUUUAGACAAACAUAUUUUGCUAACACAUUCUAAAGAACCGAAUUUUACUGGAAACCUUCCACCGAGAUAUCAGAAUUUGGAAAAAUAUCGAUGCAAAGUUUGCCGGAAAAUUUGUGCAUCUUUAUUUGCUUUAAAACUUCACGAAAGACAUCAUACUGGAGAAAAACCAUUUCAGUGUGAUUAUUGCUUUAAAAGAUUUACGCAACGGUAUCUUUUAAAUCAUCACAAGCGAGAUAUUCAUUCAUCAGUAGAAGAACAAUCUUCGUCUCAGCAAAUUGCGGGAGAAGGUACAUCAAAAACUUUUAAAAUCUCGAAACAGAGUGAGAUGCACUCUUCUGAAAUCUCGGCAGCCAGUUCAAUGCAAGAGGAACAUCUUAAAAGAUUGCAAUGUCAUCAAUGUCCCUUUACUACAAACUCCGAGGAAGAAUGGUUCCUACAUAAACAGACACACGUUGAUGAAGUCCCUUGCACAUUAAAGGAACAGGAAAAAACAGAUCCAGAAGUGGUUAGAGCAGCCGAAAUACUCUUCGGCAUACAAAGCAAAAGAUUGGAGAAGAUAGAUGAAGAAAAGAAAUCUCCCGAAACCGAUAAUCCGCCAAGUUUACAAUAAUCUGCGAAUGUUCAAUAUUCUAUCCAGUUUUUAAAAAUUUCAAGGAGAGAUUUUCAAAUUCUAUUUAUUUCAUGCAAAAGUGUUAUAAAUAGCCUCUAAAUUCGACGUUUAAGACGAAUUGAACUUAUUGAUAUUUACAAUAUUUUGACAAAAUUAAUUCCACAAAAUAUAAAUUUCAUUUUUAUU